AAAGGUUUGCUAUGAACGGGACAUUUUAUCCGUACUUUACUAGUUUGGUAGCCGUUUCAAUAAAAUAAAACCCUACCUCUCCCUCUAUUUACUUACUGAGGAAACAGAAGAAGAGCACAGAUUCCACUUCCACCCAGCAGCAGCACAGAUUCCAACUUCCACUCAGCAGCAGCAGCAGCAAAUCUGAUGAUUGUGAAACUCAUAUAACCAGUGCCAAGAUUGAAAACUUGAUUGAUAGAGUGCAAGGGAUAGCAGUAUAGAGCCUGGUGGCACUGAGGAUUAAAGUUUCUUACAAGCAGUAGAAAAAGAAGAAGAAGAAGAAUGUUGGACAUUAAUCUAUUCAGAGAAGACAAGGGCCAUAACCCCCAGCUCAUCCGUGAAUCUCAACGUCGCCGUUUUGCCAAUGUUAACGUCGUCGGCGAGAUCAUUCUACUGGACAAGGAGUGGAGGCAGCGUCAAUAUGAGCUUGAUAACCUCCGCAAGGAUUUUAAUAAGAUAAACAAGCUGGUCGCUAAGCUCAAAAUUGCAGGUGAGGAUGCAACUGAAAUGAUAAAAGAUACAAAUGAGAACAAGCGAUUGACUGCAGAAAAAGAAGCACAAGUGCAGGAGGCUGCAUUAGCUUUGAAUAAGAAAUUGGAAGAAGUUGGGAACCUUGUGCACGAUUCAGUGCCUGUUAGUAAUGAUGAGGCCAAUAAUGCUGUAAUUAGUGUUUGGGGUGAGAAAAGGUUGGAGCCUAAAUUGAAAAACCAUGUGGACCUUGUUGAGCUUCUAGGAAUUGCAGAUACUAAAAAAGGUGCCAAUGUAGCUGGGGGCAGAGGCUUCUAUUUGAAAGGUGAUGGUGUACGACUUAAUCAAGCAUUGAUCAAUGUUGCGCUAGAUUUCUUGGAGAAGAGAGGUUAUACAGCCUUGCAAACUCCCUUUUUCAUGAGAAAAGACAUUAUGGCAAAAUGUGCUCAGUUAGCACAAUUUGAUGAAGAACUUUACAAGGUGACUGGUGAAGGAGAGGACAAAUAUCUAAUUGCUACAGCUGAACAACCACUCUGUGCUUAUCAUUUAGAUGAUUGGAUCCAUCCCUCGCAGCUACCAAUCAGAUAUGCUGGAUACUCAUCUUGUUUCCGUAAAGAAGCUGGUUCACAUGGUCGUGACACACUGGGAAUUUUCCGAGUUCAUCAGUUUGAGAAAGUGGAGCAAUUCUGCAUUACUAGCCCAAAUGGCAAUGACUCUUGGGACAUGCACGAGGAAAUGAUAAAGAAUUCUGAGGAUUUCUACAAGAUGCUGAACAUCCCCUAUCAAGUUGUGGCUAUUGUUUCUGGUGCUCUGAAUGAUGCAGCUGCAAAGAAGUAUGAUUUGGAAGCAUGGUUUCCUGCUUCAAAUACAUACAGAGAGUUGGUCUCCUGUUCGAAUUGCACAGACUACCAAUCAAGAAAGUUAGAAAUACGAUAUGGGCAGAAAAAGAACAAUGAGCAGGCGAAGCAAUAUGUUCACUUGUUGAACUCUACCCUGACUGCAACUGAGAGGACCCUUUGCUGCAUCCUUGAGAACUACCAGAAGGAAAAUGGUGUAGAGAUCCCAGAACCUUUGAGAGGAUAUAUGGGUGGAAAAUCUUUUCUCCCUUUCCAGAACAACCCACCUACAGAAGGAAAGGGGAAGAAAUCUAAGGCCUAACCAUUUGAGUUCUGCAGCCUAGAACUUUAGGAUCCAGAUUGAAGUCUAAGCAAGCUUGUUAUCGUAUCGAAUCAAAUGUUUGGUCAAGAUUCAGCUUGAUGUUUGUUAUCUCAUUUCUUCUUGACUAUAUAUACAUUAACAAACGUUUGGUCAAGAUUCAGUUUGAUGUUUGUUAUCUCAUUUUUUCUUGACUUUAUAUACACAUUAACAAAAUCGAAUCUCAAGGGGGAUAUUUUUGUGUCA